AUGAGCCACCCAGCCGAUGACGCUGCCUUCUUCAACUUUUAUACCAGCCAAGAAGGGCAAGCUUCACACAGAGGUCUGCGUCGCAUGAAGCAGAUGCGACUGGAUGAGGACUUUCUUUCUUUGACACACUCUCCAACCAAUCUACAACGUCGCUGUCGCACUUUGGUCACCUUGCCUAUGUCACAGCUGUGUGCUGGUGCUGGCCACGCCUCCAAUGAAGACGGUGAUCCCAUCAAACCCAAUCUUGAACUAUACUAUGUAGUAUGGCCCAAACACAUGAGCCAAAAGCUCCCUACAGAAGCAUGGGUGAUAACUGGGCACCCCCUUGCCCCCCAAGAAUUGCUUGCGCAGCAAGCAAAGAACUAUCCAACCAUGCUUUGCCACCAGCACAUCGACGGCUCGAUCUACUCAAGAGGCUGGGAAGAUACUCUCCAUUCACUACGCACCCACUCUCCACCCUCCACUACGCUAUAUACAAGUUUGUAUGGACUCAUCUCAACUAUACGAAAGAUCAGUUCCGUCAACUGCACGAACAAGCACCAGAAACCUCCGCCACACACUCUCACAGUCUUAUAA